UCCGGCCAGGUGCGCGCGAUCACUUCCUGCGGCGCGGCGUGGCGAGGCGGCUGGGUGCCGCGAGGGAUCAGUCCCCGCCAAGAUGCGCAUUGAGAAAUGUUACUUCUGCUCCGGGCCCAUCUAUCCGGGCCAUGGGCUCAUGUUCGUGCGGAACGACUGCAAGAUGUUUAGAUUCUGCAGAUCAAAAUGCCAUAAAAACUUUAAAAAGAAACGAAAUCCCAGAAAGGUCAGAUGGACCAAAGCCUUCCGAAAAGCAGCUGGUAAAGAACUGACAGUGGAUAAUUCAUUUGAGUUUGAAAAACGUAGAAAUGAGCCACUGAAAUACCAGAGAGAAUUGUGGAGCAAAACUGUUGAUGCAAUGAAGAGAGUGGAAGAGAUCAAACAAAAACGCCAAGCUAAAUUUAUCAUGAACAGACUAAAGAAGAGCAAAGAGCUACAGAAGGCACAAGACAUAAAAGAAGUCAAGCAAAAUAUACACCUAAUUCGGGCUCCACAUGCAGGCAAAGCAAAACAGCUGGAGGAGAAAAUGGUACAGAAAUUGCAAGAGGAUGUAGCUAUGGAAGAAGAAUCCUAACACCUUGUCCAUUUUUUCUAUUUCUGCCUCUUCAACUUGCUUUUUUUUUUUUUUUUUUUUUUAAACUCUUCAACUUCUGGCGUGUGCAUUAUUGAUUCAUUUGACAUUUGUUCAUUGAAAUGAAGGGUGGGUAGACAUGCUCCAGAUGCCCAUCUUUCUUUUUUGUGUUCUGUUGUAUAGGAAGCAUCAGACAUUGUAAGCAUUUGAUUGUAUCUUUCAAGGAAAGGUACCAUUUUAAUUCUUAUUUGGAGAAAAAAACCACUUAUUGAGCAAAGGAUACUUUGCAAGUCAUCCAGUACUGUUUGUAAUUAUAAAAGUGACAAAAUUGGUAUGAAAUGGCUGUCCCAUGGAGAGUGGUUUUGGACCACACUUUUUGUAAUUCUGUAACUAUACAAAACCUUAUCAGUGAUGCAUAACAAAGUCUUUCAUUUGAGAAAACGUAAAUCUCUUAAUUGUGCAGGUAGAGACAGUAUAAUUACCCUUUUAUCUAGCUGCUAAUUGGCUUCUGUGUUCAUUUUCCUCAAUAGACUUUGGCUCAAGGCUUUUUACAUGUGGUAUGCCAUACCCUUUCAGGGGUGGGUAAAUUGCAUCUUUGCACCUAUAAGGGAUGCCAGAAACAAACUUUGUCUUUAUUUACUGCAGUGGAAUCAUAGCUUUUUACUCUAUCCCACUAAGGAAAGUAGAUGGCUUAACAUGUAACAGUGGGAAGUGUGUGUAUUUUUCCUUCUACAUUUAAAAUGACUCUCUUUGAUUUAGUACAGUCUACUAGAACAGCUAACACCACUGUAAGUUUUAUUGUUAUUUAGAGAAGUCUGCUUAGAGAAUGGUGGCUUCCAGUUUGAAGACUGGCACAUCACAUGCAUCACCAUUGGAACUUGAAUCUGUGCCACAAAACCAGGCUGUUUCAAACAUGUAAUAAAUCUAACUAUUUACCAUGUGUAAUGUACCUUAGUGCUUGUAAUUAUGUUGAAGGAAAAGUUGUUUUAAAGUAUGGGUAUGUUGGAUAUUCAUAGUAGUAUUUUCUUCAUCCAAAGUAUUGCAUUCAGAUACAUAACUUCCAAUGGACAGCUUAUCAAAAACAAUUCAAAUAUUAUUUACUGUCUUGUCACUGCUACUUACAGUGAAAAAUCAUAAUUUGCAGCUUUAUUCCGGAUACACAUAGGAGGUAAAGUCAAUUGGAAGACCACCUUCUAUCAAAAAUAUAUAUAUCCAUAUGCUGGUUUUUUUAAUUAAAAUAGAAUUAGUUUGUACUUUCAAAAAAAAAAGACUAUGGGGAAAAUUGAUGUUUAUGGAUUUAAAAAUAUAGAUCCACUUGAAUUAAAGAUCAAUUUAGAAUAUUCUAAACACUUAACACGCUCGGUUUCAACUACUGUUAAAACAAAUAAAUUAAAUUAUAUUAACAACAAUUACAGGAGUUUAUUACAUGAAGGUAAAGUUUACUUGUAAGAUCUGCUAGAUGUGAUACAUAGUGGCUGCAUAAACCUGAUGAUCAAUGCCUUGGCUGACUGAUAUUAAUUGCAUUUGCUAUGUAAAUGCUGAUUUUUAAUGCUGCCUCAAAAUAAUUUGAGACACAGCCAAGAAAUAUAUGCUUAUGGGGGGAAUAAGUUAGAUGGUAAAGUACACCGCCGAGUGAAGCUAUGUGCUCGGACUCCACCAAGGCAGAGGAUAUUUUCCUUUUGAAAGGUACCAGUGUAUCCAUUUUUGAGGAUUAUUCAUAUGCACAUUAAGUAUCCCUUUAUAUAUGUAUAGGUUAUUUAAAAUUCAGCAUUUCUGAUAUUUUUGCCUUAUAUCAAAUAAGAAAUUAAGCAGUUUGUGUAUGUUUGAGGCAACAAAGCAGUGAACAUAAUCAAAUAUGUUGAAAUACUGUUGUAAGAUGUAAUUUGAUGCCUGAUAUAAAGUAUAUAAAAAUAAAGGGAUUUCAAUUAUGCAAAAAUA